AGAUUUUAAGAAAAGCUAGCCUGUCAGUAUCAUUAUUAGUUAAAGCUUUAGUUGAAGCUAAAAAUGUAACCAGUUUGGACCGUUGUACUCCAGAGAGUCAUAGUUAGUUCCUUGUGGACCAUGUUUGGUAACUACAGUAUAUUUCUGGCCCUGUGUCCGGGCAGAUUUUAAAAUUUGAAUACAAGACGUGGGCACCUCCAGUCUGAAAAACAUUGCUUUAGUAGGCCACGUACCAUUUUGUGUUACCCCUGCUCUAAUGGGUUGGGUGAAUAGGCUUUGUUGAUAAUUAAUGCAUUGCAAUUAAUUUCUGCCAGCUACAAUUUUGUAUAGAUUUUAAAUUUCCUAUUAUAUAGAAGGAAAGCCACAAAAUUACGACCAAACGCCCUUUUUUAAAAACGCAUACCUAAUUAUUACAGUAAGUGUGGCUUUGAUGGGAUCUCUCUGUAAUGACACUGUACCGCCAGUAGACUGAGUAAUUAUAAGCGUUGUAAAUGUGUUUCACCAGCAGGUGUCAGACCUACUUCAGCUCAGACAGUGGCUGGUCGCGCAGCGGAAGUAGCGCGCAGUCACAGUCUCAAUUGAUACAUUUCAAAAUAAAGUUCCCACGCAGCCUUCCGGUGUGUUUACCUGUUUUCCUACUCCGUAGCAGCAAUUCCUUUUAUUUCAAAGGAGCUCCGUCUGAAGCAGGACAUGGAUCUGGUUUUCUUACUGACACUUGGCGCAUCUUGACAUGUCAGUGUUUAGAGGCUGGUCACACGCCACCACUUGAGUGUGUGUGUGUGUGUCGAAGAGAGGCUGUGUGUGUGAAGAGUUGUGUGUGUGUGUGUGUGUGUGUUACUACAUGAGGACACAAACAGAUGCAAAGACACAAUGUGACACCGGACUGUGCGUAAUUUACGCAUUUGGAUCGCGGUGCGCACCGUGACCGCACCGCUGUCUGUGAUGAACUGGGUGAUUUUUUUUUUUUUGAUGCUGUUGGAGUGAAUCCAGGGAUGCUGUGGCGUGUUGUGCUGCCGAAGUGCCGCCACGCUACGUGGGGCUGCGCCCUGCACAUCUGCUGAAGCCGCGGCUCUUUACGUUUUUCUCACCCAUUAUCCCAAAAAUGCUGUGGCGCUGGUGUGUGAUGGAUCACUGGGGACGUAUUUGAGCAUCUGCUGCGGUCAUACGACUGUCGGGGCUCACGCUCUGCAGAAUGGGGAACAGUUUCUCAAAUCUGGCUGCCUUCCAGUCCUUGCACAUUGUCAUGCUCGGACUGGACUCUGCGGGUAAAACCACAGUGCUGUACCGGCUGAAAUUUAACGAGUUCGUCAACACUGUUCCAACCAUCGGCUUCAACACGGAGAGAAUCCGACUGGGAGGUGCGGGGGCCUCCAGGGGCAUCAGCUGCCACUUCUGGGACGUCGGGGGCCAGGAGAAGCUACGGCCCCUGUGGAAGCCCUACAGCCGCUGCACCGACGGCAUCGUGUACGUGGUGGACUCCGUGGACGCCGAGAGGCUGGAGGAGGCCCGGACCGAGUUGCACAAGAUCACCCGGUUCUCAGAGAACCAGGGAACCCCGCUGCUGGUCAUCGCCAACAAGCAGGACCUGCCCCGGGCGCUGGAUGUCGGGGAGAUCGAGAGACAGCUGGCUCUGGCCGAGCUGAGCCCGUCCACCCCCUACCACGUCCAGCCGGCCUGCGCCAUCAUAGGGGAAGGUCUGGACGAGGGCAUGGACAAGCUGUAUGAGAUGAUAGUGAAGAGGAGGAAGUCACUGAAGCAGAAGAAGAAGAAGCAGUGAUGGCAGGUUUGAAGCUGCUGGACUGAUCAUCUCUAUAACUGAUAGAUUAUAGGAUGGAUUUCAAAUUGUAGCAGAUUAAACAUCAUGUAGCAGAAUAUCGUCAUUGACACAUUGCAGGGCUCUCGAUAUAUAUACACAUAUAUAUACAUAUAUAUAUGUAUAUAUAUAUCAAGUGAGCUCAAAUAAAAACAGCAGUUCUGUCAAUAUAAAGUCAUCCACAUACAGUAGAUGUGGUUUUGUAGAAAUGUUUUAGGAGGAGGAAGUUAUUUUCACAUUCAAAACGACAUAAUCUUAUGAUAUAAUCAAAAAUGACAGAGACCCUCAAACCAAAUAUAUUACAAGAUUAACAACUAUCCAUGAUGGACGACUGUUCACAGCUUCUCUGAAGAAGAAAAAUGGUCAGAAACUAAAGUCCCAGGUGUUGGGAUGCUGAUGUGACUGUAGUGAAGUCAGAACAGUGUAUGGACCUGUAGGGGCAGAGCUCCCUGUUGCUGCCACAUCGUGCUGUGCACAGAUGUGAGACUGUUGUAAAUGUGAUUAUCAGGCGUGCACUAAUGCACAGGCACAGGGAGAUGGCGUUACACCAAAGACGAGUCCCCUGGGAAGACAUGUAAAACCUUUCUGAUGUCUCCUUCCCUACUGCCGACCCCUCUGUGCUGGGAGUCCUGUCUCUGUGCGGCCACACCUUUGGAGGAAAAGUAUGAAUACAAUUAAAUCAAACAGCUGUGAAGUACAUUUUUAGCAAGUUUGUCAAUAAGAAUGCAACAGAAUCAGGUUUGUUUUGAUGAGACUGUGCCUAAAAUAUUAUUACAAGUGCAAUGCAACUUCACCAGUUCCUAUCGAGACAAUAGAGUGACCUUCGUAUUCAUCCAAAUCAAUAUAAAACCAGGCAUUUAUCUACUACUGCAAAGUCACUUCUAGUGGAUGUCUGUAAUUUGAGUCAAUGUUGGAAGACGUCAUGCUUUAUGUUUGUAAGAUCUUAAGUCAAAUAGAGUCUAUAUUUGCAUGAUUAUGGUUAUGUAAAUGACUCAAUCACAGAUUAUCAUUUACUGGAAAUAAACCUUACAGGUUUAUCGUGUAAUGAAAGAAAAAGGAAGAAAUUUGUAAUGUAAAAGGGGACGCUGUAGAAAUAUUUACACUACUGUAGAAGUAGUGUGAAAUUUAGUCAUUUCCCAGAGUAUUCGUAUCUAGAAUUAACCGUCAUGUUUUUCUUUAGCUGUUAAGAUUGUUUGUUUUUUGAUUCCUUGUUCUUUAUUUUAGUAAAAACAAACAUAUUGUUAGACUGAUCAAUGCUAAUCCCAUUUAGAGGAAAUGUAAGAUAAAGCAUACUGCUAGAAGGCCACCUGAACUCCAGACCUAUUCUCAGUCCACCUCGUAUGCUUUGUGUUUGUGCUGACUUUAUCUUACAUUUUCCUCCAAACAGGGUUUAGUUUCACACUGAAUCUCCAAAAAAACGUCAUCUUCUUCAUAAAUUAUACAGUCUAUGAUUUAUGGUUUGGCCUGCUGACCCCUACUCUUUCAUUGUCCGAGAGGUGUGUCGUUCCCAAGGAAGUCUUCUUUGAUCCUAACCAGCUCUUUGUGAGGGUCUUCUGCCCUGAGAAUCAGCUGAUCCUGUCUUUACACGACACAGAUGUCUGUGUCUGAGUGGAGAAUUCUUAGUCUCUAAUCAACGGUCCUUCCGAUUCUUUUCAAAUUCUUAAAGACAACAAUAUUUAUGCAGCAGGAACAGCAGAAAGUGCUUCAUUUGUAGAUAAUGUGAUCAAUUACUUGUUGAAAAAGCAAUAAGUAAUUUCUUAAUUUUAGUGUCUUUCCCCUGUACUGUCUUAUAUUUUAUUAUAGCCAGCGAACAGAUCUAGUGCCAAGUCUUGUACCUUCUGUUCUAUGACAUGUUUUAUUAUGGGCUGGAAAUUAAUUUGAUUUUCUUCCUUCUGUAUAUUACAUUGAACUGUCUUUUAGCAACUGUCAAGCAUUUUUUUUCAAUUAUCUUUUAACACGUUUUAAUCAUCUUUAUUAUUUUGUUUAAUGUUUGGACAUUUUUUAGAUAUUCCUUUUUUUCUUGUCCUGUUACACCUUCCUGUAUUUUAGCUGUUUUUGUUGUAAUUUAGACUACUUCAAAAUCUUUUUAUCUUGUGUCUUACAUUGGCCUUUUCCAACUUACUUAGAUAACUUCUGACAAACCUCACUUCAAACGUUGUGAUUUUUUUUUCCAACCACAGCAUAAAACCAGAGUCUGUUGUCGUCAGCAUAGAGGUAUAUAUUUAAAAUGGAGCCGAUUCAUACAAAAGCAGACAUAGUGCUCGUUUGUUCAGCUGUUUCUCAGAGCGUUGGCAGUAAACUUGUGUAACUCGGACGUCCUGUGUGCUGUGUGUGGACCUGCUGGCAGUGACUGGACAGAGACGUUGUGGGACAAGUCUUUCUGCCUGGUGACGAUGCAGAAAAAAAGCAAAAAAAAAAUAACAAACCAACAGGCUGGAACCUGUUCAGCUAAAGACAGUUGUCCUCCUUUUGAAUGAGACUUUGUUUGUUUUGAAUGAUAAACUGAAACAAAUGGUGUGUUUUCAAGUGUAGCCCCCCGAUAACAACCAUGUCUGCAUUACAGACCCAGACCCUGGUUUCUGGACUUAAACCUGGUCUUAAGUGAUCAGGCUGUUGAAUGUGCCAUGUUGACUGAUCACGUCAAAACCUGUCUGCUGCAGCUUCACAUCAACAAAGUAAUUAAAGCAUUAAUUCUAAACUAAUGUCUGCAGCAUGUUGCGUUUUCCUUGCGGGUAGAGAAUCUCUAUAUUAUUAAUAAUUGUCUUGAAUGUUAAAUCAAAUCAAAUCCAUUUUGUCGCACUUGAAACCAUACCCAGAAGACAUGAACUCCACGUCAUUUCCGACAUGAAUCGGACAUGGACGUGGUAUCCUGGUGCCAUCGUCACGUUAGACGUGCUCAGCGUUGCAUGACAGACAUUCAUUCACACGGUGUAAAUUACACAGUUUCGUGUUGCAGCCGAGAUACAGCAAGACCAAACAAUGUAUUACAUGCCAAAUGGAGAAAAAAAGACAAAGUAUUUUUGGGAUUAAAGUCUUUGCAGUUGAACUU